AUGGCCGGGUCCACCGGGCAGCGGCGGGAUACGGACGAGGAUGCGGACAAGUCGCCGCUGCGCUCUGGGCCUUGCACUAUAUACAACGCGCAGAAAUCUGCGUGGAACCCACGCGGGUACCUCAAGUACAAGUGGUCCCCCGGGGUGCACUUCGACCCGGCGCCGUCGUCUCCCACGGGGAGCAUCAACAGCGAGACGAUCCCACGAAGCUUCAUUCCGAAGAGUGACCCGCGUGCAGCGCAGCGCGGGCCUCCACCAUCGCCCUUACACACGGACGUAGCAUUGGCGCCGCGUGUUCUCGAGGGGAAACGCCACGAGAAGAGCUACCAUCUGACCCCCAGUGACGUACAACGGAUCCAAGAGUUACGUGCUAGAGACUCAGCGAAACAUACCCGCAAGAGACUCGCGAACAUGUUCCACGUUUCCCCGCUGUUCAUCUCAAUGGUGUCCACGGCACCAGCGGCGCAGACGCUCGAGAUGCGCACCAGGCUCGCGCAGAUCCAGAGCAACUGGAGCGAGGGCAGGACUAGGGCAAGACGCGACGCACACCGCCGCAAACAGCUCUGGUACCGUGCGUGA